AAAGUAGGACCUCUGAUUGGAGGAAGCCUGCCUUCAGUCACGUGUCUACCACGUGAUAUGCGUCCCCGGGGCUCGACUAUAAAACCCGGCCAUGGAUCGCGAUCCCAAGAAAAGAAGCGAAGCGGAGAAAGGUGGUUCGACUCCCAACGACGGCCGACCAUGAGUACCAUGAAGUUUUGCCGUGAAUGCAACAACAUCCUGUACCCCAAGGAAGACAAGGAGCGGAAGGUCCUCCUCUUCGCUUGCCGCAAUUGCUACCACCAGGAGGUUGCUGACUAUAGUUGUGUCUACAGAAAUGAGGUACAUCAUACUGCAAGUGAACGCACUCAAGUCUUACAGGAUGUAGCAGCUGAUCCAACUCUUCCUCGUACAAAGGCAGUUAAAUGCAGCAAAUGCAAUCAUCCAGAAGCUGCUUUCUUCCAGGCUGCUAGCAGGGGAGAGGAAGGAAUGACAUUGUUUUUUGUCUGCUGCAACCCAAGCUGUGGCCAUAGGUGGAGAGAGAGCUGAGUAGAUACAAAACUUGCAGUUCUAUUAGUCGAUGAUAAAACCAGUUCAUAUAUAGUUGAAGAAGUCUUGUUCUAUUAGAUCAAACUGACAUCUCAAUUUUAAUGAUUGACGAUCAUAAAACAAAAGAUGUAUUUGCUCAUGACAUCCACUGGAAGCUAAUGGCUUACAAAUUUAGAUACGCACUCAUACAAAUUAAUCAGAGGAUUACAAAGUUGACAUGUUUGAGGUUGGUGUUGGGGCUUCACAUGGUAUCGGUUUCCAGCCGCCCCUCCUGCAAGUUUGACUUCGACUACCAGUAGUAAGCUGGUGCGGUGCUGAUUCUGGUGUUACUUGGUAGGUGUUCAUGUGGCCAGACUGGCGCCUGCUGCUUCGCAGAGGCCACGGCGUGCCACCCACCUCCUUGAUCUUGGAACAGUUGCCGAGCCUGGCGGCAGCACGGUUAUAGGCGAUCAGCUUGUCGACGGUGCUCGAUAUGGACCAGACGCCCGACAUCGAGAUACAAGGAAAGGAAGGCUUGCAUGACAGGUGAGAGAGUGAAGUUGAUAAGUAGGAGGGCCAUGUCUCCGGUCAUUGCACCUUCUGCCAACAAAUUGGAGCUCAAGGAGCAACACGAG